UUCCGUUAUUGUUCACAAUUGUAGCGGAGCCGACGGGUAACAUAGUAGCCGUGAACGCCCCCUCCGGCUUUCUGCCUCCCUCGGAGCGACGCCUUCCAGCCCAGUUGAGUUCACCGGCGGCGGCGGCGGCGGAGGGAGCAGCAGCAUGCCGAUCAACAGAUCUGAAAAGCCGGACAAACCUGAUAAUUUGGAUAAUGUCAAAGUUGUGGUUCGUUGCCGGCCGCUCAAUGAGCGGGAGAAGACCAUGUGCUAUAAAAUGGCUGUCAAUGUUGAUGAAAUGAGAGGCACUAUUACUGUGCAUAAAACAGAUUCUUCCAAUGAACCUCCCAAGACAUUUACUUUUGAUACUGUAUUUGGGCCAGAGAGCAAGCAACUCGACGUCUAUAACCUGACUGCAAGGCCGAUUAUUGACUCUGUGCUGGAAGGUUACAAUGGUACCAUUUUUGCUUAUGGACAGACUGGAACAGGAAAGACUUUUACUAUGGAGGGUGUCCGGGCUGUACCAGAACUCAGGGGAAUCAUUCCCAAUUCCUUUGCUCAUGUAUUUGGACACAUUGCAAAAGCUGAAGGAGAUACGAGGUUUUUGGUUCGAGUUUCUUACUUGGAAAUCUACAACGAGGAAGUUCGUGACCUCUUGGGAAAGGACCAGACACAGAGGCUGGAGGUUAAAGAACGACCCGAUGUAGGAGUCUAUAUCAAAGAUCUUUCAGCCUACGUUGUAAACAAUGCAGAUGACAUGGAUAGAAUUAUGACUCUUGGCCAUAAAAACCGUUCUGUUGGUGCCACUAAUAUGAAUGAGCACAGUUCCCGCUCCCAUGCUAUCUUCACAAUCACAAUUGAGUGCAGUGAAAAGGGUGUGGAUGGGAACAUACAUGUGCGUAUGGGCAAGCUACAUCUAGUAGAUCUUGCGGGUUCAGAAAGGCAGGCAAAAACUGGAGCUACUGGGCAACGACUGAAAGAAGCAACAAAAAUCAACCUUUCUCUCUCCACCCUUGGGAAUGUCAUCUCGGCGCUGGUGGAUGGAAAGAGCACUCAUGUGCCUUACCGUAAUUCUAAACUGACCCGGCUACUCCAGGAUUCUCUUGGCGGCAACUCCAAAACUAUGAUGUGUGCAAACAUUGGCCCAGCAGACUACAAUUAUGAUGAGACCAUCAGCACUCUGCGAUAUGCUAAUCGUGCUAAAAAUAUCAAGAAUAAGGCUAGAAUUAAUGAAGAUCCAAAGGAUGCCUUACUUCGUCAAUUUCAAAAAGAAAUAGAAGAACUUAAGAAAAAGUUGGAAGAAGGGGAAGAAAUCUCUGGCUCUGAGACCAGUGGCUCUGAAGAGGAGGAUGAGGAUGAGGAUGGGGAAAUUGGUGAAGAUGGAGAAAAACGAAAGAAACGAAGAGGAAAAAAGAAAGUUUCUCCUGACAAGAUGUUGGAGAUGCAGGCAAAAAUUGAUGAAGAAAGGAAAGCACUUGAAACAAAACUCGAUAUGGAAGAGGAAGAAAGGAACAAAGCUCGGGCAGAACUUGAGAAAAGGGAGAAAGAUUUGCUUAAAGCACAGCAAGAACAUCAAUCACUAUUAGAGAAGUUGUCAGCUUUGGAAAAAAAAGUGAUUGUGGGAGGUGUGGAUUUGUUGGCUAAAGCUGAGGAGCAAGAGAAGCUUCUGGAAGAAUCUAACAUGGAGUUGGAGGAACGAAGGAAAAGAGCAGAGCAACUCCGAAAAGAGCUGGAGGAGAAAGAGCAAGAGCGUUUGGACAUUGAAGAAAAAUAUACCAGCCUGCAAGAGGAAGCUCAGGGGAAGACUAAGAAGCUGAAAAAAGUGUGGACGAUGCUCAUGGCAGCCAAGUCAGAGAUGGCAGAUCUGCAGCAAGAGCAUCAAAGAGAAAUUGAAGGUUUACUGGAGAACAUUCGACAGCUCAGCAGAGAGCUCCGUCUUCAAAUGCUUAUAAUUGACAACUUUAUACCUCAGGAUUACCAGGAAAUGAUUGAGAAUUAUGUUCACUGGAAUGAAGACAUUGGAGAAUGGCAGCUGAAAUGUGUGGCAUAUACUGGAAAUAACAUGCGAAAACAGACUCCUGUGGCAGAUAAGAAAGAAAAAGAUCCCUUUGAGGUGGACCUUUCCCAUGUAUAUCUAGCUUACACUGAAGAGAGCUUGAGACAGUCUUUGAUGAAACUAGAAAGACCAAGAACAUCAAAAGGAAGAUCAAGGCCCAAAACUGGCAGAAGAAAACGUUCUGCAAAAUCAGGAGCCGGGAUUGAUUCUUUGCUUCAAUAGGCCAAAACAAUUGGAGAUUUUAGUAAAGAAAAUGCUUGUGUGGCUUAACAUCUGGACCAAUAUUAUCAGCCUGCAGUUGUUACCCAAGACAAUAAGAAAACAGUGGUUUUUUCCCCGUUGGGUUACUCUUACGUCUUCUGUUAUGCUAAUAUAUUAAUUCAGAUUCAACAAUAUGGGGUUCUUACCAUUGUUAUGAAUUCCAGUAGCUUUGUGAAAAAGCAGCUGUUGGGAAUAUCUUUGUAUUUUAGAUUGGUGUGUAUUCAGUGGAAAAGAUGGUAUAUGUGUCUGUUUAAAUUUUAAACAUAUUAGCCAUAUUAUAAGUAAACAAACAGAUUUCUGUAGCCUGACAUACUUUUUCUUUGUCUGUUGCCAUUUGCUAUAGACAUUACUCUCCCUGUUUGCACAGCUGCAGAUUUCUGGUUUUUUUUACAAGCAACUAGUUAACAAUCGUUAUAAAAUCUGGGAAUUCUUCAUGCCUUUUAGGCAUCUUCUACUAUAUCUGUAGGAGAAUUUCCAUAUAUGUAAUAUGCAAAGAUGGACUGUUAUAAAAAAUGGUGUUGGAUUUUUCUGGGGUGGAUGCUAGAGAUAAAGGAAUCCUUGGGAUUUC